AUGUUACCGAUUGAAAACUUAUCACAGAACGGCAAAGAUGAAAAUACGAUAAGAUUUUUAACUUUCAAUGUCAAUGGUAUAAGGACUUUUUUUCAUUAUCAGCCUUUUUCUCAAAUGAAUCAAUCGCUAAAAUCUGUUUUUGAUUUUUUUGAAGCAGAUAUAGUGACAUUCCAAGAGUUGAAAACAGAAAAAUUGUCCAUCUCCAAGUGGGGGAAAGUUGAUGGCUUCUAUUCUUUUAUUUCCAUCCCUAAAACAAGGAAGGGAUAUUCUGGUGUUGGUUGUUGGCUCAGAAUUCCUGACAGGAAACAUCCACUGUAUCAUGCAUUGCAAGUUGUCAAGGCAGAAGAAGGUAUAACAGGUUACCUAACAGUAAAAAACGGUAAACAAUCGGAAAUUUCCUAUAGGAAUGACGCAAACCAGGGGAUUGGUGGUUAUGAUUCUUUAGAUUCCGAUUUAGAUGAGAAAUGUGCACUGGAGCUAGAUUCAGAAGGGAGGUGCGUUAUGGUUGAAUUAGCAUGUGGAAUAGUCAUAAUCAGUGUAUAUUGUCCCGCAAAUUCAAACACAUCUGAGGAGGGCGAGUUAUUUAGGAUAAGGUUCUUGAAAGUUUUACUAAGAAGGGUUCGGAAUUUGAACAAAAUUGGGAAGAAGGUAGUACUAAUGGGCGACAUAAAUGUUUGUCGGGAUCUUAUAGACAGUGCUGAGGCACUAGAGACAUUUUCAAUACCAAUAACGGACCCAAUGGGUGGGACAAAGAUAGAAUCACAGUGUAGGGAUAAGGCUAUUCAAUUCAUCAUUAAUCCGGAGACACCCCACCGGAGAAUAUUCAAUCAAAUACUGGCAGACUCACUUUUACCAGAUGCAGAUAAAAGAGGGUUGCUGAUAGAUACAACAAGGUUAAUUCAAACAAGAAAUAGACUCAGAAUGUACACAGUGUGGAAUGUUCUUAAGAAUUUAAGGCCUUCAAAUUAUGGCUCAAGGAUAGAUUUUAUUUUGGUAUCCUCGAAACUUGAAGGAUGCGUAAAAACAGGUGACAUUCUCCCAGAAGUGUCAGGUUCCGAUCAUUGUCCUGUAUAUUCUGAUUUAGAUUUACGGGAUCAAGGAACUGAAUCUAGCACGACACAAGUUACCAUACCGAAAUUUGAAGCAAGGUACAAGUACAAUUUAAGAAACCAUGAUGUUUUAGAGAUGUUUGCCAAAAGGAAACCCAAUAAAGAAUCAAAUAAGGACGGAUAUCGCAUAGCGAAGGAUGUUGACACGAAAAGAAGCGGCACUAAAAAUAAAUCUCUCGAUUCAUUUUUUCAAAAGAAAGAUAGGAUACAAAUUGCCACCGCCAAAAAGUUGUUGGGCAUUCCAAAACAAGCCCAAGAGAAAAGUUCAAGGCCAAAGUUGACUUUUAAGGAUGUCUUCGGAAAACCUCCCUUAUGUAAACAUGGGGAGGAAUCUAUGCUGAAAACAUCUAAGACUUCGGUCAACCCAGGUAAAAAGUUUUGGAUCUGCAAGCGAUCUCGAGGUGAUUCGAACAAUACAGAAUCGUCCUGUGGGUUUUUCCAAUGGGCGUAA